UACAAGAUCUGAGAUAAUCUCCCAAAGUGCAACUCUUAAUUAGUAAAAAGGAAGGAGUUUCAUUUCCUCAAUCUUCGGGAAAUCAAUGCCACAUACUUCAAAAUUUUAUAAAAAUCAUAAUUAAUUAACAAAAUUCAGCAAUGUUCAAACGUAGUUGCAGCCUUUUGGAUAAGCUGCCCAAGCAGCAGGCUGCCGAGUGGUUGGGCGGAAUCGAGACCAUCAUUUUCGGCACGGAUGGGGUUUUGUGGCAGGAGUACGAGCCCAUUGCGGAAUCAGUGGAUACCUUCAACGCCGUCAAAGCCAAGGGAAAGCGAUGUCUGAUUGUGACCAAUGAUAGCAUCCUGUCAAACGGGAAAUUGACCAAGAAGGCAGCGAGCCUGGGCUUCCAAGUAGGCGAGAAGGACGUGCUCAGCGCGGCGGGCGCCAUAUCGGGUUACCUCACCGACAGGAAGUUCGAGAAGAAGGUGCUCGUCAUGGGCGGCAGUGGCAUUUGUAGGGAUCUGAGGAAGGCCGGCUUCUGCACCAUGGUAAGCAAGCUAAGCUCCAACGGCCAGAGCUGGAUCGAGUUCGUGCGAAGCCUGGAGCUAGAUCCCGACGUGGGUGCCGUGGUGGUGGCCAGGGAUGACAGCAUGGACACAAAUGACUUAAUCGUGGCCUGUAACUACCUGAAAAAUCCCAAGGUGCUGUUUUUGACCACCGGCACGGAUGGGUUUUUCCCUUUUGGCAAGCACCGGAUUCCGGAUGCGGGCACCGUGGCGGCUGCCAUUCAGGUGAUUGUCAAUAGGAAGCCCGUAGUCUUGGGCAAACCGAAUCCCCGGAUACUUGGCAAGUUGCUCGAGUCCGGGGAAAUUAAACCGGAAAAGACGCUGGUUAUAGGGAACACUCUCAAAACGGAUAUUGUUUUUGCAAGUAUCUGUGGCUUUCAGUCUCUUUUGGUGGCUGACGAUAAAGUUCUUGAAGAAGCCCAGAGUAUUAAAAAAGAGGGAAACGAGAAGAAGAUGAAAUUGGUCCCGGAUCUCUUUGUAGCCUGUUUUGCUCCUCUGCAGGAGCUGUUGUGUGCCGAGAGUAUGCCCGCAGAGAGCCAAGAUGUCAACAAAGAUCGGAAAAAUUCGCAGCAAACAGCUACUAACGAUUAAGAGAACUACAUUUUUGUAUUUUUAGUUCUGGCGUGCAGUCAUUAAUAGUAAAAUUCUAAAAAAUUUAGGAUGGU